GCCUCUCAGAGGUCACCUUGGCUGCUGGCCUGGUAGUUUCCCGAAAGACGCAGUGUGUGCUGCACAUUUGGGAAUGUUUCCCCAGACCUCGGAGGACGUGGUGAGCACCGUACCGCGAUUACCGUUUAGAGGAAAGCUUCCGUCCGCAUGUGAGGAAGUUCAGAGGCCGAGGAGGCUGAGAGUCCCAGACUAGCCGGCAUCUUGGAACAGAGGAUAGUGGAGCAGCCUCGAAACAGAAAGCAAGACUUCCCUAACUGACCACAAAUCUCUUCUCCCAAAGAAGAUAUCGAAAGAGGGCUGGUGCUGCUGAUGAGCCUGGGGUCUAACUUCCAAGCAGCACCUUAUUGAGAGGGUGGACCUGAGACUCUGAAAUUCUGUCAGGCAACAAACUCAUCUGCAUUUCACCUUGGAAAUAGCCAGAAAGAAAAGCUUGGGCACAGGAAGGAAUGCAUGGGAUGGAGAUGUGUAUCUAGGCUGCCAUCUUGCAGGCAGGUGUACAAUCUCGAGGAGUAUUCUUGCUGCUUUUCAUGGAUCUUUGGUCUUUAAUUCAUAUAACACUGAGUAUAUACUUGCAAGAUGAUUGAACAAACCUUGGGGGAUUAGUUACAAGUGUGGGUGGAGUAAUGAAUUCCAGGAUGUCUUCGAGUGUCUCCUCUUCAAAAUAAAAGAGAGAAUGUAUGCACCUGAGGAGACUUUGGGGCAGGAGUCACAAGAGCUGGAAACUCUUCUUAGCUCAGUCAUCGACUUGGAGAUCGCUCCCUUCCAUCCUUUAGGUUGGUAGAGACAUUGAAACUCUAUCCUGCUGUAAAUCUCAAGGGGUACUUUCAACCUCCUAGGGGAGACCUUCACCAUCAUAUGUCACGGAUUCAUUUUGAAUAAUCUCAACAAUCAGUUACCAACACUUGCUCCGGAUUGAUAAACUGAGAAUGAGACUUUGGGUCUUGGCACUUCUAACAAUUCUUGUACACUUCACAGCAGCUGAAUUUAGCAGAUCAUCCUGGGGCCUGGAAAAUGAGGCUUUAAUUGUGAGAUGUCCUAGGCAAGGAAAGUCUCGAUACCCUGUGGAUUGGUAUUACCUGAAAACCAAUAAAAGUAUAACCACCCAGAAAAGAAAUCAUGUGUUGGCUGCCGGGGAACGGCUUAAGUUUCUCCCUGCCAAAGUCAAUGAUUCUGGAAUUUAUACUUGCAUUAUCAGAAGUCCUACCUCCAACAAGACUGGGAAUGUAAAUGUCACCAUCUAUAGAAAACAACCAGAUUGCAAUGUUCCAGAUCAUCUGAUUUAUUCAACAACAUCAGGAUCAGAAAAAAAUUCCAAAAUACAUUGUCCUACAAUUGACCUCUACAACUGGACAGCACCUGUUGAGUGGUUUAAGAAUUGUAAAGCUCUUCAUGGACCAAGGUAUCACAUACACAAGACCUAUGUGCUGAUUGACAACGCAACUAGCAAGGACACAGGUGAUUAUACAUGCAAAUUUAUGCACAAUGAAAAUGGAGUCAGUUACAGUGUCACAACAACCAGAUCAUUCAUUGUGAAAGAGGAAGAAAGCGUUUCUUGGUUUCCAGUAAUUAUAGCCCCUCCAGAAAAUGAAACAAAAGAAGUGGAAAUUGGAAAACCAGCAAACAUACUCUGCUCUGCUUGCUUUGGGAAAGGAUCUCAGUUCAUGGCUGGUGUCCGAUGGAAGGUGAACAGAACCACAGUUCAGAACUUUGGUGAAGCAAGAAUUCAAGAGGAACAGGAGCAAAAUCAAAGCUCUAGCAAUGAGCUGACUUGUCAGAACACCACUUUGAGAAUAGAUGGUGUGAGAGAGGAGGACUUAUUGCUGCGGUACGAAUGUCUGGCUCAGAGUCUGCAUGGCUGGAUACGGCACAUCGUGAGACUAAAGAGGAAAAGACCAAAUGACAAGCAAAGCACCUACUACAUCCUGGCAGGAUUUAGCACCUUGUUAAUGCUAAUCAAUGUCAUGGCCAUAAUGCUGAAAGUGUUCUGGAUUGAGGUUAAUCUGCUCUGGAGAGACCUAGCUAGACCUCACAAAAUGAGGAAUGAUGGAAAGAUCUAUGAUGCUUACGUUAUCUAUCCGCGGAACUAUAAAAAUAGUCCCGAGAGGGCCAAUGCUGUGGGCCACUUUGUUCACCAGAUUCUGCCUGAAGUUCUUGAAAAUAAAUGUGGCUAUAACUUAUGCAUUUAUGGGAGAGAUCUGCUACCGGGAGAAGACGCAGCCACUGCCGUGGAGAACAACAUACGAAAGAGCCGGCGGCAGAUUUUUAUCCUGACUCCUGAGCUGGUCCACAGCAGGGAGUUUGCCUAUGAGCAGGAGAUCGCCCUACACAGCGCCCUCAUCCAGAAUGACUCCAAGGUGAUCCUGAUAGAAAUGGAGGCUCUGGGCAAGCCCGGUGGACUGCGGUUUGAGGAGCUUCAGGAGUCCCUCCGGCACCUCGUGGAAGUGCAGGGUACCAUCAAGUGGAGGCAAGACCACAUGGCUGACAAACGGUCGCUGAAUUCCAAAUUCUGGAAGCACGUGAGGUACCGCAUGCCUGUGCCCAACCGACCCCCGGGGAAGACACCCAGUUUGGCUUCCCUGAGAGCCCAGGAGCAGUAGUGCUGGCUUUGGUGUGCUAGUAAGGCACCCAGUUUCCACUGACCUGAACUCCUCCUCCUGGAUGACGACAUUGGACCAGACACUGGAGCAGGGGCAGGAGGAGUGGUGAUGUCUAGAGGAGGCUGGUCUCUGAUUUCAUUUACCAACUUGACUCCCAUUUUCCUGAUUCUGGGGGGAUGCAAAACACCCAGAAAUUUCUUUUCUCGACCCCUCUUCAGCCCACUUUUCCUGUCUUUUCUCCCUUUACUGAUCUUUCUCCAUGUGGCCUAGUAUUUUUUCAUUAUCCUUUUUUUCCCUCUUUCUCUCUCUUUCCCGUUCUUCUUCUCCUUAUUCCUUGUCAAUACUCCACACGUUAAACUUCAAGCUGGAAGUGUUAGAGCUAAAUUUUCAUGCAACCUUGAAGAACACUCAGAUUUCCACAAGCAGAACAAUAACAGUCCUUCUUAUUCCCAACCAGACCAGCAUUUAUUCUAUUUUAUUUGACUGGAUGCUGGGUUUUUUCAUCUCGAUGUUGUCAAUGUUAUUGGAGGGGCUUACCUGGUUGCCAUUAUAAUCAAAUUUUUGCUGCUCUAAAAUUUCUUUCAGAGAUUUUCAUUCUCUUUAGAAAUAUUUUUUUCAGGUUCCUGGGUGGUUCACUUGGUUGAGCAUCUGCCUU